CGCCAGUUCAUCCUAAUGGCAAUAAGCGGCAGCAUCGGCGCAGGCCUCUUCAUCGCCUCGGGAGAGGCCCUGCAAAAAGGCGGUCCUGGCUCCCUCGUCCUCGCCUUUCUCAUCGUGGGGCUCGCCGUCUGGCUGACCAUGUGCGCGCUGGGCGAGCUAGCCUCGACGAUCCCAGCGCGCGGGUCCUUCUACGACUACUCGGUGCGGUUUGUGUCCGAGUCGUGGGGCUUUGCGAUGGGGUGGAACUACGUGGUCAACUUCAUGCUCAUCGUGGGGUUCGAGAUCACGGUGAUUGUUCGGCUGGCGAGGUACUGGGUCGGCGCGGAUGCGUCUGUGCUGUCUUCAGGGGUCAUUGCCGCUGUGCCGGCUUGUCAUGUUGUGCUGGCUGUGCUCCAGUGUUUUGGGCCCAAGUGGUAUGGAGAGGCAGAGCACUUUUUUGGGAUUCUAAAGGUGUUUAUAUUGACGACGUUUAUUGGCACGGCUGUUGUGAUUGCAGCAGGAGGGACGCCAGAGGCUGGUGGAAGAGGGUUUGAGAAUUACCUCCACGGCCAAGCAUUCCGCAACGGUUUUCAAGGCUCCAUCUCCGUCCUCGCCGCCGCAGGACUGGCCUAUGGAGGCACCGAAAUGCUCGGCCUCACCGCCGCCGCCUGCGCCCAGCCACGCAAAGUAAUGCCCCUCGGCGCCAAGCUCGUCGCAGGCCGCAUCCUCCUCUGCUACUGCACCGCCCUCUUCGCUCUGGGCCUGGUUCUGCGCCCCUCGGCCCUUGACAGCCCCGAAAUCGCCAACUUGACGGCUUCUCCUUUUGUAAUCGCUGUGCGCGUCGCAGAUAUCCCCCGCCUGCCGGACAUCAUCAACGGCCUGCUCAUCGCCAGCGUGUUCAGCAUGGGAAAUUCCGCCGUGUUUGCGUCCUCGCGGGCGCUGGCGGCGAUCUGUGAGCGUGGCAUGGGCCCGCGGGUCUUAUCUCGGUUCUCUGAGCGCGGGGUGCCCUGGGCGGCGCUGCUUGUUGUCUUUAGCGUUGCUAUGUUGGCGUGGCUUGCUGCGGUGCGGAACGGGACGGAGAUUUUUGAGUGGCUCCUUGCGUUGGCCAGCGUGAGCAAUCUUUUCACGUGGAUGAGCAUCAACAUAUGCCACAUCCGCCUCCGCAAGGCCCUCAGAUUUCAAGGCCGUAACCCUGAUCUGGAGGUAGCAUGGCAGGCCUGCUGUGGUGUCUGGGGCAGUUACCUCGCUGCCGUCAUGAUUGUCUGCAUCAUGAUCGCACAGGUCGCCAGCGCCGCCCUGCCUCCUGUCCUGAACCACGACGGCACGCUCUACUUCAUCUUUCUCCUGAGGGGUAUAUUGGGGUUUGUUGUUGUUGCUGUGUUCUGGGUGGGACAUUUGGUUUAU